AUGACCGCCAAAUUUGUGGCGACGACUGCUUUACAGGUGUCGUUGUUUGCGGUCAUCAAAGACUUGGGGAUCACUCCCGACGGCAUAAUUGGUCACUCAUUUGGUGAGAUUGCCUGCGCUUUCGCCGACGGAUGCCUUACAGUAAAGGAGGCUAUGAUUUAUACAGCAUUUCGGGCCAUAAAUAGCAAACAAAAUGGGAAAAUAACCAAAGGAUUGAUGGCAUUCGUGGGUCUAUCCAGAGCUGAGGCAUUGAAAUACUGUUCAAACGAUGUCUACAUUGCGUGUAAUAAUGCGAGCAAUAGUGUUGUUAUUUCAGGUCCAAUCACUGAAAUUUUGGAGAUUAUUGAAAAAUUAAAAGCAAAGGAAGUAUUUGUGCGGCCAUUAGAUUGCGAUGAAAUCCCAUACCAUUCGCCAUAUAUUAGCGAAUCGGCGAAAGCCAUGAGAGAAGACAUUAAAAAAUAUGUACCAAAUCCUAAACUUCGGUCCAAUAAAUGGUUGUCCACUUCGGUGUUGACAUCACAUCCUGAAGACGAAGCCUUGAAAUACUCGGGCGGAGAAUAUUUUGAGUAUAAUAUGGCAAAUGAGGUCCGAUUUUAUGAACAGUUGCAGAAACUGCCCGUCAAUGCAGUUUUGCAGAAACUGCCCGUCAAUGCAGUUGUCCUCGAAUUGAGUCCGCACUCAAUAUUUGGACAAAUAGUGAACGAAACUCUCAAAGAAUGCACUAAUAUAUCGCUCCUUAAAAUGGAUUCAAACCAUACAAAUAUGGAUAUGUUUUUGUCCGGUUUGGCACAGCUUUACGAACUGGGCUUUAAUCUGGACGUCCAUAGACUCUACCCGUCAGUUGAGUGGCCGGUGGCCCGCAAUACACAGUCUAUCGCAUCGCUAAUCAAAUGGGAUCACAACCAGAGUUAUCCUCUAAGACUUUAUGAGGAAAGAUAUUUCCGAACGAAUGCCUCGAAUACUAACGUUACUAUCAGUCAUAAACUAAAUCAGGAUUCAUUUUACCUUGAUCAUAUUGUGGACGGGCAGCCCCUAUACCCGGCCACAGGCUUUCUAAUGCUUGCCUGGCGUAAAGCGGCCGCCAGUGUUGGCAAACUGUGGAUCGACUGUCCCGUAGUGUUUGAAAACAUUCACUUUAAACGAGCGGUGUUUCUGUCGGACUCGACUGAUACUAAACUUGUUGUCAAAUACACUCCACAAUCGGGUGAGUUUACAAUUCACGAGAAGGACGAACUGUGUGUUACGGGUAGAGCACAACCCGUAUUGGGAGCCACGGGUGGGGACGCAGACGAGUCCGCACUCAUUGGUCAGCAAUCAAUCGACGAGUGGAGACAUUUAGUGGGGAAGACGUCCAACACUAUUGACCGCAAAGACAUUUAUAACGAUGUGAGGGCUCUGUGUAUAGAUCACGGCCCGGCUUUCCAGCGGCUCAGUUGUAUCGGAACCGAUGACUUUAUACUAUCGUACGGUCGGUGCGAAUGGACGGGCAAUCCUAUCACUUAUUUAGACGGCUUAUUGUUGGCGACAAUGAUUCAGACGCCGUUCCGCAAGACAUCUGUGCCCGUAAUGAUCCGUAGACUGUGUGUCGACCCCCGCCUACUCUUUGACAGCAUUAAGACUAACUUUCUCUGUUCCGCAUAUUCUCUACCAAAUAACGAUGAUGAUAACAGUGAAGAAUUUGUAAAGAUUGCAUUAGAGGAAAGUGCUAACUUAGAGAAACAAUUGAAUGAUCGCUACGCUGUGUAUUCGGCAGAAAUGCCCUUUCGAUACAACAGUCUUACCCGACAACUGGUGUCGCCCGGCAUUGAAAUCGACGAUCUGGUCGUUCAUCCCAUCUCUCGCCGGCCCGACACUAAUCUCACAGUUGAGUCCUAUGAGUUCUGUCCUAACAAUGAUAUGGAGGCCAUCGAUGACAGCCAUAUUUCUGGUGUUUUUGACUCAAUGUUUACCGACUGUCUGUUGGGCGGGGAAUACGCCGGGCGUCGAGCGGAUACCGGGCAACGGGUUAUGGGUAUUGAGUUUGGCCGCUGUAUUGCCACUCAAAUUAACGCCUGUGUCCUCAAUAUGGCUCCGAUACCCGAUCACUGGUCAAUGGCUGAGGCGGUGACUGUUCUCAACAGCUAUUCGACAGUAUAUUAUGCACUCAUUAAAAAGGCUAAUAUUUUAAAAGACGAAAGUGUAUUAAUACACUCCGGAGCGGGAAGUGUUGGUCAGGCGGCCAUUAAUGUGUGCCAACACUACGGAUGCGAUAUCUAUGUGACGGUUGGGACGGAAGAGGAAAAACAGUUUCUCAUCACAGAGUAUAAUAUUCCGGAGAAUCGGAUCUUUAGCUCAAGAGAUAUGCGAUUCAAGAGUGAGAUAAUUGAGGCGACAAAUGGUCGGGGAAUAGAUGUUGUGCUCAAUUCAUUGACCGGCAAA